UGUAGAGUGUAGCCGUGUUUCAGAGAAGAGAGUGUAUAAAGUGAGACCAGCCCUACCGCCGCUGCUGCUCAGUGCGGAGCUGCCGCAACAAUAGCCAGCUGGUGCUUGUUCUGCCGCUGGCGCACACCGGGUGCACACGGGGCUGGGGCUGCGCUCGUCGCGUUUUCCGGAAGAGAACGGCUGAAACAUGGGACUUUUGACAGGUCCACUGCUGACCGCGGGAUACGUACAGGGCGAGCCCAUCUGAAGGCGUCCAGCGGACAGUCAGCACCGCAGCGAGGGCACUGCAUCCAACGGGACACCCCCCUGGAUCCGUUUCAGUGGAAGAGAACACACGCACCCGUGCACCCAUUUGGUGACUUCCUUACCUCAGACUGGCCCGCUUCACGUUGAUGCUAGUCCCUCCUCUUCAUCCCUCUUCUUCCCUGUCACCAUGGCAAUGAGCGGAGAGCCUGUGUGCGCGAGGCCCUCUGCUGAUGUGGAGGAGCAGAGCAGCAGCCUGGCAGACAACCUCUCUGCCAUGACCACCAAGGACACGAGCAACGGUAACAAUAACGGGGUGAAGAACGGAGGAGGCAUCCAGGGCAAGAGGACCCAGCAAACUCGACCUCACCUCACCGGGCGGAAGCUGUCCCUGCAGGAGAGGGGCACGUACCACCCCCCUCACACCUCCCCCCGAGUGGCCCGCAGACCCACGGUGGAGUCCAAGAGAGUGUCCAUCUCAGACGCACAGGACUGCAUCCAGCUCAACCAGUACAAGCUCAAGAGCGAGAUUGGAAAGGGCUCCUAUGGUGUGGUCAAACUCGCUUACAAUGAAGAUGAUGAGAAACAUUAUGCAAUGAAGCUGGUAUCCAAGAAGAGACUCAUGAAGCAGUGUGGAUUUCCUCGUCGACCGCCUCCGCGAGGACCCAAGGCGGCCCAGGGAGAACAGCCCAAGAUCUUAGGACCCCUGGAGCGGGUUUACCAAGAGAUUGCCAUUCUUAAAAAGCUGGACCAUGUCAACAUUGUCAAACUGGUUGAGGUGCUGGACGACCCUGCAGAGGACAAUCUUCACAUGGUGUUUGAGCUGAUGCGGAAGGGUCCAGUGAUGGAAGUGCCCUCGGACAAGCCUCUGUCAGAAGAACAGGCCCGCCAGUAUUUCAGAGACGUCAUCCUCGGCAUAGAGUAUUUGCACUACCAGAAGAUCGUCCAUCGUGAUAUUAAGCCUUCAAACCUGCUGCUGGGAGAUGACGGUCACGUGAAGAUUGCAGACUUCGGCGUGAGUAACCAGUUUGAAGGAAAUGAUGCUCUACUGUCUGGCACUGCUGGCACGCCAGCCUUCAUGGCACCAGAGACACUGUCCGACCAACGCAAGAGCUUCAGUGGAAAAGCACUAGACGUAUGGGCCAUGGGAGUCACGCUGUACUGUUUUGUCUUUGGAAAGUGCCCCUUUAUUGAUGACUACAUAUUGGCUUUGCACAAUAAGAUAAGGACCAAGCCUGUGGAGUUCCCAGAAUCACCUGAAGUCAGUGAGGAGCUGCGGACUCUGAUCUUACGCAUGUUGGACAAGAACCCUGACACCAGAAUCACUCUUCCUGAGAUUAAGAUGGACCAAUGGGUGACGCGUGCUGGAACAGACCCUCUGCCAUUGGAGGAGGAACACUGCACUGUGGUGGAGGUGACCGAGGAGGACAUCCAGAACUCAGUGAAGUUUGUGCCCAGCCUGUCUGCAGUGAUUUUGGUGAAAGCGAUGCUGAGAAAGCGCUCCUUCAGUAAUCCUUUUGAGUGUCCAAGCAGGAGGGAGGAGCGCUCGAUGUCAGCCCCUGGCAGCCUCCUCAUAAAAACCAGUACAGGAGACAGUCCUCGAGAAGGCGAGCUGGAGGACCUCCAUGAGGACGAGCCUUCAUCCUGAGAACCUUCAUCAUCAUCAGCCUUAAUGAGUGACCGGGUCUGACUCUGCUUCCCCUUUAAAACCUGUUGCUCGUACCACUGUGCUCUCAUCUACACAUCUGUAAUAGACACUAAACAUCUUGUGCUGGCAUUUAUAAUUUCACUCAGCCUUGAACUCUACAUCACAACAUCUUGGGGUUAUCACGUCUACUUCUUCAAUAUCAAGAUGGCUGUUUGCAUGCUUCCUGUUUGCUCUGAAAAUACAUAACUUGGUUUGGAAAAUGUUGCCUCUACAGAUGUUUUUGAACCUUGCAAACACUUUAUUAUCUUUGAUGAAAUACAGGGCUUUACUUUGCUAUUUAAUAUUGUACAUAGGUGUCUUGUAAAUGAUAAAUGUUGUUGUUGUUCCUUUUGUUGCAAAUGUGCCAUUCUUUAGAGACGUGUAAAUUAUUGAACUCCAAUGAAAUGAAGCAGGGAACGAUUAAGAUGUCAAACAGUCACACUUUUUUUUUCUUUUUUUUACUUGAUUUUAAUUUAUUCUGCAGCAUUUCAAAACCAUGUCCUUUAUGCCUGACAAUAUUACUGAAUGCAUUUAAAAGGUGUCAAGUGCAGCAAGAUUCAAAUGAGAUAAAAUAUAAAGUGGUUUUCA